AAGAAUGAUGCGGACCAUGUGUUUGCUGAAGAGUUGCUAUCCAGUAACAUGUGGUGGACAGCCUUAGAAUGGGUUCUUGAUUUGCUUGAGCCACUCUAUGUAGCCCUCAGAUAUGCUGAUACACAAAAGAAAUGUACUCUAUCUGGUUUCAAGAAGACUAUGAUGACAGCCAUACAAAAGAUGAGUUCUCAUCUUGGUGGUGGGUCACAGAUGUUAGAUAGAGUCAUGAGCAAGGUGUCCCCGAGGAUGGAAGAUAUGCAAAAUGAGACACUAAUGGUUGCAGCUGCUGUCCUUGAUCCGUUCACACAUUAUCGGGUGAAUUUGAGCAACCUUCCAGAAUAUGCUUCUGCACUAACGGAUGUCAUCGAGAAGAUAGCAGACCCUGAGAGCGCUCUUUUGGCUAUCAAUGAAAUCAGCACUUAUAGGGAAUGUCGUGGGAGGUUUAGGCAUAGUUUGGCACGCUCUUCCGCAGAAAGAAUGGCACCAACUGAGUGGUGGUUCCAGUUUGGAGGGGAAGUUCCUAAUUUGCAGAAGUGGGCAUUGAGAAUUGUUUCACAGUGUGUCUCUUCAAGUGGCUGUGAGAGGAAUUGGACUGCUUUUGCCUUGGUCCACACGAAGCAAAGAAAUCGCCUUCUAUACUGCAAGCUUCACAAAAGUGUUUCUGUACGCUACAACCUGAAGUUACGUGCUGAAGAAGAUGAAGAUAUUGUGAAGCUGAGUUAUAGGGAGAAGGAAAUUGAUCCAUGUGCAGUGAUGAUGGAUACAGUUAUGCAUGACGAAUCAAACCCAAUGAUGGAGUGGCUGAACGAGGAUGAAGAGCAUAUAGUCCUUGAUGGAUCUGAUGCUGCUACUGCUGUGUUGGAGGAAAUACGUCGCCUUAACUCAAGGAGGAAAGCCUCUCAUCUUGGAAGGAAGGAAAUUAGCAGGAAAGGAAAGAGGGUACGUGAAGAUGAGGAGGAUGAGUUCAUUAGCAGUGAGGAUGAUGAUGAAGCGAAUGGAUCCAUGGACAUUGAUGAUGGUGAUGAUGGCCAAGAAGAGGAUUAUGAAUCUGAUGGAGAAGGUUUGCCAAGACAAGCUGAAAAAGAUGCACGAAGCCAAGUGAAUGAUAUUGAGGUAACAAGGGAUGAAAAUAUGGUGAAUCGUAGAUCUGGACGGCAAGCCAAGAAGGUCAAGGACGUCAACUCCCUUUACUAUUAGACUGAAGACUGGAAGAAAAUUGAAGUCUACCUGAUGUGUUUUGGAGGCGCUGGUUUGAACUUCGAUUACUUCUGCUCUAUGACUUGUGGAUUGUGAAUCUGGACUAUUGUGUGUGUAUUUUGGACUCGUAGUAGGGAUUGGUGUGUGGGUAUUUUGGACUGUAAUUUGAAGUUCUAAUAUGCACUGUUAUGUGUGUACCUUGGGCUAAUAUGGACUGUUAACUAGCCUAUUGAGUAGAUCUGGACUACUGGAUGUUAUAUCAUGCUCUGAACCGAUGUUUACCAUUGAGAUGGAGUUCUAAUCUGGUAUAACAUGUAAAU